AUGAGAAGCACACAUUUGGACACUAAAGAAACAAUUCUUUUCGGAAGAGCAAGGUAAAAUCAUUAAAGAAAAAUUAAUGGGGCUAUUCAGCGUAUGUUUGUUUUCCGUUUUUUUAAAAGUUUUUUUUACGUCGCUGAAAUGGGUUUUUUCAGACUUGCAACGGGCCGGGCCGGGCCAAAAUUGGAAAUUUUCCGGCCCGGCCCGGCCCGGUCGGCCCGGGAGGAUGCACCUAAAAAUUCAAAGCGAACUAGAACUUCGAAACGAACAUAAUUUUAUAGACUUAAAAAGGCAAUGUUAUAGCAUAAAAACCUGUUAAAAAAUAGAAAUUGCUGUUUAAAGUCGCAAAAUUUUCACAAAAAUUACGAAAAUUUUCUCAAGAGUGGGCGGAGCGAAUGAUUGCAACUCUGGCACGCCAUUUUAGAAAUUUUGCCGCACGCGGUUUCCUCUUCCUUCAUAUUUCUUUUAGCAUAUUUUUUUUGAGGUCUAACUUCCGGGCCGACCGGCCGGGCCGGGCCGACGAUUUGCUGGCGCGGCCCGGGAUUUGGCAAGUCUGGGUUUUUUGGCGUAACAAAACUAAAAAAAAACGGGGAAAAGAAAAACAUUUUUUCAUACCCUGAAUAGCCCCAUAAUACUCGAGAAGCCAACUAGAACGCUAAAGCUAGAACUAGAAUUAUAUUCUGCCGCCGUCGUGCUUGAACUCCCAUGAUGACGUUAUUUUUACCCGUUUCACAGGGGCCCGAAGAUUACACCGCAGAAUUUAUCCAAAUUGUCCCGUCGUUUUCAUAAUUGGCUGUAUACGAACUCCAAAAAGAAAAGGGAAGUCUCUCGAAACUCGAUUGCAAUCUAAUUAGAAGAGUUUGCAAUCUAAUAAGAAAAAGCUCUAUUUCGCAUUCUAAUCAGAUUUAAUUGAAGUUCCAGUAAAAUCGUAUUAGAUUACAAUAUAUUUUUCCUGAAUUCUCUGGGAACUCAAUCGCAAUCUAAUUAGAAAACAUUGCAAUCUAAUUAGAAAAAUUGCAGUGAUUGUAAAGCAAAUUCUAUUUCAAACGAGUUCGUAUUAGAUUGCAAAGUUUUCCAAUUAGAUUGCGAUCGAGUUCCCAGAGAUUUAAAAAAAAUAGGAAGAGGACGUUUGUUCACGUCGUCUUAAGAACGCCGUGCGUUGUUUGUUCCUGCCCGCAACAAUCAAGGUUUUAAAGCUACUAUCGACGCGAAUCCAACAACAAAUUGGUUAACUGUCCAGAAGUUGAUUGCUCUUACAAGUUUGCAGGCGGUGGAAUGGUUUCCACCGUUACCGAUCUCAUUAUUUUCGCGAAUGCGAUUUUAUACAGGCAAGUCAAACUAAAUUCAUCGCUAUUGCCAAUCGGUGUUUGCAGACUCAAUCCAAAAUUUCUGAAUUUACGCUUGAGUACGCAAACAUCGAGGGGCAAGAGCGGUGAAUUGAGAGUAGAAGCAUAAAGCAUGUUAGGUCGGCCGAAAUUUGCGUGAAAAACGGGGGUGCGCACAGCUUAACGAAUGUAACAGUACCCCUAAAACUACGGUAUUUUUUGAAAAUUUGCGCAAGAAAUUUGAAAAAAAUUGAUUCCCUCGUGUAGGCCACGUGCCAGGAUGGGCGCCGAUUGGCGGCCGGACGACAACUUUCGAGGGAAAAGUUGCAUUCGACCACACCGUGCCCAUCUCUGCCUCGUGCAAACUAGAAUACGUUGUGGAUAUUGAGUUCCUCAGUUAAAUCGUUUGUAAUCUAGCUAGCACGGUCUCCAGAGCUGACAAUAUUGGCGUGGCCUUGACCAAAUGGCGUUUUCAUGAAUUGAGCAGGUUUUCUCUGAUUUUUGUGGUCAAAGGCGAUGAAAAAUGAUUGUUCGACAUGAAAACACACUUAUUCUCAGAAUUAAUGACGUUUUGGCGCAUUUUCCGCGGACUUUGCUUUUUCGCCAAUCGCCGCCUAAAACCCGCACUUUUCAUUUUGCGCUUUCUUGACCGUUUUCAGACAGAAUUGGUUUUGAGAAUGAUAAAUCAAGCAUUUUGCGCGCUCGAACCGCGAAAACUACCGAAAAGCAACUGAAAUUCAUGCAAUUUUAGCCAAAAACCUUCAAACGGAUAAAUGUGAUUUGCGACUUGACCAAAUUUAACGCUCUUGUGCUUAAAAAAUUUGUAAUAGCCUGUACAAUCGGUCUAUCGAGAGACGAAUGAGAAAUUAUCGGUUUUUCGUGGCUAAUCUGGCAAAAAACACAAAUUUUGCUGUUAGAAUUUGAAUUUCUCGCCAAUGUUUCGCUCUAUUGGGCGGGGUGCACUUGCGCCCAUUGUAAGCUCUGGAGACCGUGGCUAGCUUAUUCGCGUUUCUAACCGGACCUCUGACGGCAAAACGACGUAACAAUCGCGCACAUAAUCAUUUCUACGUUUGAUCAAGCUCUCUUUCGUCUCUACAACUACUAGGAUUGACAAACUUCUGCUUUUCAUGUAUUUCAGCCAGAAAUUCACGCUACUCUUGCAUGGUUUUUUAAAAUCGGUCUAUUUGCAUUGAGUUGCGAUUAUUUUCACCCGUACAGCGUCUCCAACCAUUAUAUAACAGUAUUCAAGCGUCGCUGUCGUAAUAAAUCUGCGAAACAAUUCAAAAUAACCUCAAACUUUUAAUAUUAUUUCGCAUCGCUACACAGUUUUGCCUAAGAAAACACGACGGCUGCACCGAUUUGGCUCUGUGUGUGCUCAAAAUGACCGUCUAACUCCCAGCUACAAUAUGGCCUGUGAUAAAAACGAUAUAAUUACGCCCUUCAAUUUUUACACGGGGAAUAACGCAAUUUUCACCGAAAAAUUAUUAUUUUUGAACUCCCACGCGCGCGUUGCAAGUGCGCUCCAAUGACAAACGUCCACGCUGUGACUCAGUGAGCAAUCUAACUAGGUCCGGUUAGAAACAAGAAUUAGCUAGUUAGAUUAGAAACGAUUUGCCUGAGUCAAUCUGUCCGCUUCGGAAUUAGGACUGAAGCGUAUUUUACUCCAGCUUCCAAUCAACGUCUCGAGAUGCUCUACUGGAUCAAGAAACAGCUAGAGAGUUUCUUGCAAAACAAAUAUCAGUGAAUUCCCGUGUUGCGGCAGGCUUGGGUUGGUUCCUGGUCUGCAAAAAGAAGGUGCAGUCGUUAAAACGCCGAAGGUGACAUAUGGUAUUCAGAUAUUUGCAAAAACAGUUUUUUCAGAUCGAAUGACUCGUACUUUUACCACACAGGCGCUGCCGUUGGAGCAUCAUCGGUUUUGCUCAUUAAGCCAGGGAAGGAUCGCAGUGAGAUUCCAUCAGGGCUGUGCGUCGCUAUUCUAUGUAACCUUCAAGACGUAUCGGUUCUCAAGCUGGCAGAGGAAGUCGGAUGUUUAUUUUAUGAGUAG